AUGGGGAUUUUGGCUCUAGCCAUCACGGCUUCAGCGGCACCACACUACACCUUCCCCAAGAUAGCUGGGACCUCUGACUGGACUGCCGUGCGAAAAACCAAAAACUUUCAAACCAAUGGUCCCGUAACAGACGUCAACUCCCCUGACAUCCGCUGCUACCAACUCGCCGCCGGCAACGAAGGCGCCACAACGCAGCCUUUCAAGGCAGGCAGCACCAUCACCUGGGUCGCCGCGCCUAAUAUAUACCACGUCGGUGCCCUGUCUGCUUACAUGGCGAAAACUCCCGUUGGGACGAAAGCUGAAGACUGGGAUGGAGCGGGUGCGGUCUGGUUCAAGAUUUUUCAGGACAUGCCGACAGUUUCAGGUGGGCAAUACAACUGGCCAUCAAAUGGCAAGGAACAAGUUAGCUUCACAAUCCCCCCUUGUAUUGAAGACGGCGAAUAUAUGUUCCGCGUCGAGCACGUUGCGCUGCACAGCGCGGCUGCGGAAGGAGGUGCGCAGUUCUACCUUUCCUGCGCACAACUAAGCAUCACGGGCGGCUCUGGGUCGAAGAAACCGACAGACCUGGUUUCUUUCCCGGGAGCAUAUAAAGCUACGGAUCCAGGACUGAUGAUUAACAUCUACAACAACGGUGGCAAGCCGUACACGCCGGCUGGGCCGCCAGUGUUUACGUGCUAG